AUGUUCACAUCCGCCAAAAUCCUCCGUUCUGAGACAAAUCUAUUGUUUUCGUUAUUUCUCAGCUUCUUCUUCUCCCUCUCGUUAUUCUCGAGCUCCACCACUUUCCUAUUUCCUAUUCCCACCACCUACUCACUCCAUCCCACUCUUACAUUUCUCUCAUCCAAAAUCUCCAAUGCUCACUGCUGCUGCGCUGGGAUUGGCGCCAAAAUCCCACACUUGGCGCGCUUUCUCUGGCUUCACUGCGACCACCCGCCGUCCUCCUUCCCUCCCAUCGUCUCACCCGUCGUCCGCUUCCUCUUCAUCUUCCUCGCCUUGUCUCGUCGCUGCUUCGCGACGGUGCGUCUCGGCGUUGGCGAACUCGCCGCUGCUGUCCGUCUCUGAGGAAGUCCGCGCCGCGCUCGCUGCCGGCCGCCCCGUCGUUGCGCUCGAGUCGACCAUUGUGUCGCAUGGCAUGCCCUAUCCAGAGAACGUCCGCACGGCGCUCGAGGUCGAGGCCAUCCUGCGCGCCCAUCCCGCCGCUCCCGUCGUCCCCGCCACCGUCGCCAUCAUUGACGGCAAGAUCCAGGUCGGACUCUCGCAGGAACAGCUCGAGCGGCUCGGGCAGGCCGGGCACAAGGCCGUCAAGACAAGCCGGAGGGACUUUGGCCAGGUUCUCGCGUCCAAGAGCGCGAUCGGCGCCACGACCGUGUCUGGCACCAUGAUUGCUGCGCAUAUGGCAGGCAUUCCCUUGUUUGUAACGGGUGGCAUUGGCGGCGUCCAUCGAGGCGUGCUCGAGACGUACGAUGUCAGCGCCGAUCUGACCGAACUCGGUCGCACGCCCGUUGCCGUCGUUUGCGCCGGUGCAAAGAGCAUUCUCGACAUUCCGCGCACCCUCGAGUAUCUCGAGACGGAGGGCGUUCCAACCAUCACCCUCGGACACAACUCGCCAGACUUUCCGGCAUUCUUCACGCCGAGCUCGGGCAUUCCAGCCAUGACGCACGUUGAAACAGAACAGGCUUGCGCUGAAAUCAUCCAUGCGCAUCUCCGCGCUGGCCUGACCUCCGGCCUUGUUGUCGGCGUGCCCAUUCCGACUGCGUUUUCGUCGCAGUCCUCGUUCAUCCAAAGUGCCAUCGAUCAAGCGUUGGGCGAAGUGUCUGCACGCGGGAUUACGGGGAAAGAGACGACGCCCUUCUUGCUUGCGCGUGUCAACGAAUUGACCAAGGGUGUCUCGCUGACGGCCAACAUUGCCCUGGUCAAGAACAAUGCGGCAAAGGGUGCUGGCAUUGCGACAGAGCUAGCCAAGCUCAGGAAUGCUCCAGCAGCGAGCAAACCGCAGCACCAUCGCGGCAUCACCCUUCCUCCUCCUCCUUCGCACGCCGCCUCGGAACACCAUCUCAACCGCGGCUCGGCUGGCCUGAUUGUGGUUGGAGGCAGCAUGGUGGAUGUCCUGUCCAACGUGACUUCGCCCCGCGUGACCAUGGCCAGCUCAAACGUCGCUCGCGUAACGCAGUCCUUUGGCGGUGUUGGCCGCAACAUUGCCGAGGGCGCGGCGCGUCUUGGUCUGCCAACCCAUCUCAUCAGCGCUGUCGGCGCCUCUGACAUGCUUUCCAGCGGACUCUUGGCUCACUGCGAAGCCAGCGGCAUCGACACGAGCCAUGUAGCGCGCAUGGAAGACCAUUCGGCGUCCGUGUACAGCGCCAUUUUCGAUGCCAAGGGCGAUCUGGUGGUGGGUGCCACCGAUUCAGCAGCGUUGGAAGCAUUGCCCGAGGCCCAGAUUGCCCUCUCGCUUUCUCAGCUGCUCAAUGUCCCCACGACCUCGUCGUCGGACAGUCUCAAGCCGGAGCAUGCAGAGCCGCAGUCGCCUUUUGGCACUCCCUUCAAGUUCGACCAAACCACACUGGCAGCCUCCCCCAAUUCGUGGGACCAGCGCAUCGUUUGUGUCGAUGGAAACCUCAGUCGGGCACAGAUGCGCGCCGUUGUGCAAGUGGUCAACCGAGCACGGGCCGAACAGCGUCGAGUGCACCUGUGGUUUGAGCCCACUUCUGUGACAAAGCUUGCCAAGGUCGAUGCGCUGCUCGAGCACCUCUCGUUCAUCUCGCCCAACGAGCUGGAGCUCGAGGAGCUGGAUCGCAUCCUGCACGAGCGCUACCUCUGCGAGCACCCCAAGCGCAACCCCAAAACGCGGCACUUUCCACCAGCGACGACGCCUCCGUCCGAGUCAGCAAAGGUCAAGCUGAACAUUUGGUCUGAGCUGCCGCUCGACUUUGUGCAUCGUGGCGUGCGCGUGACGGCAUGGAUCCCGGUGGUCGUCGUGUCUGUCGGCAGCCGUGGCAAAGUGGUGUUUGUGCGAGACGGAGCUGAGGUGCACAUCAAGCACUAUCCCUCCGAUUCAGGCUGGUGCAGCGUCGAGCACGAGUUGGCGCAGGCUGUUCAAGCCGGGAAAUCCGCCGGCGCUUUCACCACAGCAAAGUCCAGCGCAGCCACCUCGGUGCCAGCGAUGCAGCUGCCAGUUGUGAACGUGACUGGUGCAGGGGAUAGCGGUGUUGCAGGCACCAUUUCGGCACUGCUUCGCGGGCUGCCCCUCGAUGAUGCUGUCAAGGUAUCCAUGCGCUGCUCGCGCAUGUCCCUGAUGUCGCCGCAAGCGAUUUCGACGCAUCUUAGUCCUUUGCUGCUGACCACCCAACUUGGGAUGGAGAGUCGACAGCUCACGAGUGUGUUGUAGGUCUGUGUUGUGUGUUGCAGAAUCCAUUAAACUAUUGGUUGCGGUUUUUCGAAAG